CACCAUCCAUACAACCAGAACCUAGGUACAGCAUACGACCCAGAGAACACCUACCGCAUCACCCCAAACCUCUUAAGACAGAUCCAAAGUCUCUCAACCAUUGCCCAAUCUGAAAUUCCACGUAGAUUUAAUGUAGAGUUCAACAACAACAUACUGAAUGAUCUUGAACGCAUCUGGCGGGGGCCAGUGUGCUCUAAUGGUCUGUCACUUCUUAUAGCAAUUGUAUUGUACUUCCGACGAGAGUCAUGUAGACCACGAAGGCUUGGUGCAGUUGAAACCCAGAGUGGCAUGGAGGAUGGCAACUCUAAAUCAAUUAAACUUGAAGUGAAAACCAUACAAGAAGGAAAAGCCAAGAUAAUCUGGAGUGGUAUCCCCAAGAGGCUAUUGGACCAGGGUGUAAUGGUGGUGCUUUAUGAGAACAAUGGAAGUGAGAGCAAACUAGACAGUGUCAGGAUCCACAAGAAGUCACCAUAUUUCUUUACAAGGUUUUUUAGACGUCCCACUAUUGUCUACGAAAUAUGUAGGAGUCCUGAGUUUCAUAAUGCCAAUGGAGAGAUUCCUGUUGAUCUAAGUGGGUAUAGGCCUAACUCCAGUCUGCAGCUAUUUGUCAAGGAUGGAAAGGCCUGCGCUCGCCUGUUUGUAAAAAAGUAAUUCACUGACUGGAAGUUAAGGUUGAAUAACUCCUGGGUUGGGUUCUACUCUUCCCAUAACAAAUCCAUAAUACCUGCAAUGGGCUGUGUCUUUUUCUGGAAGACAUACCUGAAUAUAUAUAUAUAUAUAUAUAUAUAUAUAUAUAUAUAUAUAUAUAUAUAUAUAUAUAUAUAUAUAACUCUAGUAUGAUCAUGGCUCCUGGGGUCCUGGCCAGAUUUAUGCUGCAGAGAAGAUCCAGUGAAGUAGCCCGUACUGUGCCCUGGGAGAGAGUUGUGCUGUAG